AAGGCACCAUUGAAUUCACCAGCUCCUGCCCCAGCUCCUGUUGUUCAAGAAGCUCCUAAAGUUGAUGAGAAGAAAGAAGAAGAACAAGCAUAUACUAAUAAAAUGUUGUUAGAGAUGAUGACAAAGAUAUUAGAACGUAACAGUGUAGUUAAUGAACCAAACAUGGACCCAAUUGAACGUGAGAAGGAAACUAAAGAGAAUCAAGAAUAUGUUCAAUCAAUGGAAGAGAAAAGAAUACACUUCGAUGAUGAACCAGAGCCUGAACCAGAACCUCCUAAACCUCAGCCACAAAUAAGACGAAUAAUCCCAAGAAUAAGAAGAUUGUAA